AAAGGAGCUACACCUCUCCUCCUCCUCCUUAACCUCCUCCUUCCCCGUCCUAGCUUCCUCUCUCUCUCUCUCUCUCUCUUCGCCCCAUUCAGAGAACUCAGCCUGGUAGAGACCAUCCCACUGAGUUGUCUCUUUCUCUGUGCUUCGUACCUCACUCUCCAUCCACCAGUAUCUCGAUCUGCUAUUUUACUUGAGAAGAAAAGUCUCACGCUCAUGGAGGCAGCGUUCAUGCUGAUGUUCAUGUCUUUUAGUUUCAGAACUCAGCCAUGAAAUUUCACUGGACUUGAUUUUUUGACUCAACGUUCGCCUCGGAUUCUGAAUUCAGACUCAUUCCUUGUCUUUCGUUUUGGAGCUGUUCUCCGAGGUGUGUGAACCAGCGGCCAUGGGCUCAGACGUACGUGACCUCAACACCCUUCUGUCUCCAGUGCCGGCCCUGCCAGCGGGGAACGGGAACUGCCCUCUGCCCGUCAGCAGUGCCCCUCAGUGGGCACCUGUGCUGGAUUUCCAUACUGGUGCCCCCUACAGUUCACUGGGCUCACAUUCCUUCAUCAAGCAAGAACCCACCUGGGGGUCCACAGACCCCCAUGAGGACCCACACUGUGGCCUCAGCGCCUUCACCGUCCACUUCUCAGGACAGUUCACAGGUACCGGGGCAUGCAGGUACGGCGCAUUCGGAGCUCCCGCACCCAACCAGACCCCCACCAGCCAAAGCCGGAUGUUCAGUAACGGCCCGUAUCUAUCCAACUGCAUGGACAGCCAGACUGGAUCCAGGAACCAGGGUUACAGUGCAGUUUCCUUCGACGGAGCCACGAACUACGGACACACGCCGUCGCACCACGCCUCGCAGUUCCCCAACCACCCCUUCAAACACGAAGACACCAUCCCGCAGCAAAGCAACAUGGGUGAGCAGCAGUAUCCCGUUCCUCCACCUGUUUACGGCUGCCACACGCCGUCAGAGAGCUGUACAGGAAGCCAAGCACUGCUCCUGAGAAACCCUUACAACAGCAGUGACAAUUUAUACCAAAUGGCGUCCCAGUUGGAGUGCAUGGCCUGGAACCCUGUCAACACACUGGCGUCCAGCAUCAAGAGUCAUACAGCGGGUUAUGAGAACGACCCGAGCACGCCCAUGAUGUACAGCUGCAGCACCCAGUACCGAAUACACACCCAUGGAGUCUUCAGAGGCAUUCAGGAUGUCAGAAGGGUCCCUGGCAUCACUCCAGCCAUCGUACGCUCUGAGACCAAUGAGAAGCGGCCGUUCAUGUGUGCCUAUCCAGGAUGCAACAAGCGCUACUUCAAACUCUCUCACCUACAGAUGCACAGUCGCAAACAUACAGGUGAAAAGCCGUACCAGUGUGACUUCACAGACUGUGGCCGGAGAUUUUCCCGGUCAGACCAGCUGAAGAGACAUCAGAGGAGACACACAGGCGUUAAACCUUUCCAGUGUGAGACAUGUCAGAGAAAGUUCUCACGGUCAGACCAUCUUAAGACCCACACCCGGACUCAUACAGGUAAAACAAGUGAGAAGCCUUUUAAUUGCAGGUGGCCAAACUGCCAGAAGAAGUUUGCCCGAUCUGAUGAGUUAGUCCGGCACCACAACAUGCACCAGAGGAACCUGACCAAACUUCAGCUGGCCAUCUAAAGACCCUGCUGUCAUGAAAGCUGCUUCUGCUGUCAGAUAUAUUCCAGUCCUGCAGGUCUUGACUCUGCAUGUUUGGCUCUAAAACAGCUCAUGAAAGCCCUGGUAUUUAGUUGAUGAAUUAAAAAAAUAUAUUAAACUGCAGUUUUUGCAGCCUGCAAUGUCUCUAUGACUGGAGAUUGAACUUUGUGCUGUUCUAGGAUUUACUUCACCUGCCCAAAGUGUUAUAUUCAAAAGAAACUUGUGAACUUGUGUAUUUGGCACAUGAUAAGAUUGCCAUUUAGAUGAUUCAGGUCUCGAAAACACUGUUGCUAGGUGACAGGGAAAUAUGGCAGGCGAGCACAAUGCCAGCUAAUGACUCAGGCUAUGAUUUAGCUAGCUGGCAUGCAGCCGUUAGGUCUUUUUGAAAGGUUGAAAAUGCACAGUGAGAGCAGAACCAAGAUAAAAAUGUCUGAAAUAUAAACAUUUUCCUCAGAAAUGUUGGCAAUUUAUUAUAAAAAGCUUCACUAAAAUUACAAUGUGAUUACACUUAGCAUUUACAGCAAACAGAACUUCCAUGGAUUCCACCAUGCUGAGAAAUGUCAACAGGGGUGGACAUCAUAAAUCUGUUAGCUUAGUCUACUGGGCAAAUGUCUCACGUUUUCACUGCACAAAAAAACAAACUGACUAGGCUAAAAAUGCUGGAUAGCAUUAUGUAAUAACAAACUAGUUAGCUAGUUAGUUGUACUUCAUCUGUGAAUGCUAAUUAACCUGACUAGUAAAAGCCGAUGUGUGUAGUGCAGCAGGUGGUGAAAUUCAGAACAAGUAGUUGAAGCAUGGAGGUACGAUAAACAACCGCAAAGCUCAAUUUGCUUAUAUACACAUUGAGUAUCGAGUAGUUUUUUUCUUUCUCUGGCUGUUGAACAACAUAAGAAAAAAAAAAGAAUAAAAAAACUAAUAGCUGGGACAUGAAAUCAGUUUGGCUAGUUGCUUGUCCACCCCUUUGUCAGCAUUACAACUUGACAACUAUCAGAAAAUUUAAAAUGUUGUAGUAAUAUAUACCACAAGAAUGAGCUGUUGAACAAAGCAUGUGAACACAUAGCUUUGUUUAAAUGCUGAAUCAAUAAUAAGACCAGUUGUCUGAUAAUCGUGUUGAUUUGGGCAGUGGAAGUUAGUCUUAGAAGGGCACUUAGACACAACAGCACAACUCCAUGGACACUUCAGUACCAGCACUGAAAGCCCUUUUACCACAGAGGACAUAACCAUGCCCUUACUAGUGCUGUCGAGAUGUAUAAUAAUACGUGCACGUUAUAUUCACUAUACUAGCUCCUAGGAAUUUUUAGACUAAUUUAUUACUUUUUCUUGUAAAUUAAGAUCUCUUUUAAUAAACUGAGCAUUCAUUUUCUCCCACAUAUCCAGAAGCCCACUUCAUUAUAUAACAAAUCCAAUGUUUGUAUUCAUGGACCAAUCAUAAAGGUAUAACCCCUGAAGCUUUUGUCUGUCUGCUCUGUAAAUAGCGUCUCUCUGUAACCAUCAGGAGUUAAAUUAUGAGUAGGUCACACUGGCUAUGUGACUAUGGUUUGUGGUCAAGUUGUAAAUAUUACUGUCGCUCCACAGCUGGAACAAGAAAUAAAUACAUCAUUUUGCGGAAAAUGUGACUCACAUUAGCAAGGACAGGAAAUGUGAAAACUACUCGGAUGGGAUUGUUCUGUUCCUUAAACUGUGUUUUAUCUGUAUCAUAUGAAUAUAUGCAGUAUGUUACUGAUAACCUUUUUUUAUAAUUAAAGUGUUGAUGCCAGUAAAA